AUGGAAUCAUUGACCCUUUAUAAGUUCCUUCCCUUUUUGGAACCUUUUGCCAAUAAAGAAACACUCACCCCGGCUGAAGCAUCCCAAUUGCAACUCAGAAUCGCAGAACUCAUUUUGGAUAACACGGUAGACAUUCCCCUUUUGAAAUUUUUUAGCCGAUUUUUGACUCCGCAGGGAUAUGAUGAGGCGCUUGAAGAACGCAACAUUGAGCAUCAAUGUGGAUACCCAGUGUGCAAAAAACUGCCCCAACACAAGGUCCGGAGGCCGUCUGCGCUGUGUCCAGGUGUCUAUGGUGGCGAUACAUCGACACGGUAUCAAAUUUAUAACAGAAAGCCAUCUAUGAUUCUCCCAAAUACCUAUUUGUCGCAGUUUUGCUGCAAGGAGCAUUAUCAAGCGUCGCAUUUCUACCGUAACCAGCUCCUGGAAGAAGCAAUAUUUCUACGUAAAAACAUUACGGUCAUACCUCCAUUUGGGAGCCCUGAUCCCUCAUGGUAUGAGAAUGGAAUCUCCUGUUUAGAGGAAGUCAUAGCCAAGCACAAAGAGAUGCGCGAGCAGGGUAAAUCCUUGUCCGAUGUCAUUGCAAUGAUGAGUGGUUUAGCUGUGCUGGACGCAGCAAACAAUUCCGAGCUUCAACAGCUUGUGGGGCUUAUUGAAGACUUUGAAAUCGUGGAUCGUGACUCUGAGCUCAAAGAGGCUGCGGAACUACAAGACCCUUCAAUAGCUGCACGGUCUGUUGAGGGCUAUGUUACAAGCAAUCGCAGCUUUGGCGGUUAUGUUGUUUAA